AUGAUCGAGCCAGACCUAGCUUCAUCCGAUCAGCUCGACGCCAUGGACUGCGCCAUCCUUGCGCAGCGGAUCAAGCGCGCCGGCCGCGGGGACGCGAACAAUGAUGGCAACCUUAGCCGGGCCGAGAAGGAAACUUUCUGUGGGAAAGUAGCGCUGUCAGAAGGUGAGCGCAUCGAUGGAGGGGUCACGGGAUCGUUUCUCGAGUUCAAUGGGUGGGGUUUAUUCGACAGCUGUCAGCGCUGCAUGGGAUUUUGCAAGGCCGACGAGGACACGUUUGAAACGAAUCCGGAAAAAGAGGAGAAAAACCAGCAAAAGUCCGCUACGUGGGGAACGAUCCAGUACGGAGAGCCGAUAGGUCAACGCGACAGGGCGGUUGUUUGGUUCGGCACCGUCUAUUUCAAGACGGGUUUCGGCGACGUCUCCACAGUGGAGUUCACGAACGACUUUCGUCCGGGAGAUAUCCUGGUGAACAAAAAGGACAUCGUGUCGCAUGCCCUGCUCCUCAAGAAAGCAGCGAUCAUGGAUGGAGCAAGAGGAUAUCAUCUAUGGGCAGACAAGCUCACGAUGCCGGCCUUCGCUGAGCUGCGCGGAAAACUACGAUUGGUGGCGAGCUUGGGGACGGGGUUGAACAAUGCCUGGACUUCCAUGAAAGGCGGAAGCAAAGUGUACAGCAACAUCUCGCUCGCGAGAGAACUCCUUGACGAAAUGGAUAAGUCUAUUGAGCAUUUUCCGUCCUGGCUCAGAAACCAAGUGAAUGAUUUUGAUACCAAUCCAUCAAUUCAGCGCAGGAACUAAUUCAAAAGAACAAGCGGAAAGGGCGCGGCAGGAACUGAUUCAAAAGAUCAGCGGCAAGCGCUCGCGCUGGGUGCGUUUACCCAGCCAACGAAGGGAGGUCUGGCACCUCGAAGAAGAAGACCAGGUGCCUCUCACCAGUACCCGAUGUUACGCAUGUCUGAGCGUCGCUUUGGUAUGCGAACUUCUGAAAGAUCCAUCAAGACUCGUUCUUUUCUCAAUGCGAGACAGACUUUGUUGUUUG